ACAACAAAAGGUUGCGUGAAAAAGUUGGAGGCGCGCUGCGUGGAAGCUGAGCUUCUCCAGAAGAGAGUGAGUUAUUCAGAGAAAGGGAAAAAACCUGGACAGCUUUCCCGCUUCUGCGAGAUCCAUUUCACUCAGACCACAAUGAUGUCAUGCCUGUGGAUUCUGGUCUUUGGAAGUCUCAUUGCAAUGCAAGGAGGGAAAGUGGCGGCGUCAGAGGACGACGGAGCUGAAGUACCUCAGACGGAGGAUCCAGAUCUGGACACUGCCCAGUCUGAGGAUGGAAGCACAGAAGCGGUAACCCUGGCCCCGACUGAGGAUCCCACCCCUGAGGACACAGCUGGAACGACAGAAACACCUGAGACUGAGACUGAGGAGCAGCAAUCAGACCCAGAGCCAACGGAUUCAGAUUUAGAUCCACUGACUACAGAGGAACCACAAACUGAUCCACCAGUAACACCUGCAGGCGACAGCGCAGACGCUGAAACAGAUCCACCAGUAACACCUGCAGACGACAGCGCAGACACUGAAACAGAUCCACCAGUAACACCAGCAGACGACAGCGCAGACACUGAAACAGAUCCACCAGUAACACCUGCAGACGACAGCGCAGACACUGAAACAGAUCCACCAGUAACACCAGCAGACGACAGCGCAGACACUGAAACAGAUCCAGCAGUAACACCUGAAGACGACAGCGCAGACGCCGGAACAGAAGCCCCAGUGAAGGACGACAGCGUUGAUGAACCAGGGCUAACUGAUAAGGAAGGUCCGUCUCUACACGCUGAGGGACGUGCAGAAAGUGAACUGGAUCCGUCGGACGCUCUUGUCACAGAAUCUGACCAGCCCACCGGAGACGAUGGUGCAGUGCACAGUGCUGGAGCGAAGGCUGGGCCAAACGAUGGUGCUGAGUCUAAAGGGUCCGGGUCAGGCACGGUCGCCGGGGUCGUAGCGUCAUUCGGGGUGGCCAUCAUCGGCGCUGUCACUGGUUAUUUUGCCUACCUGAAGAAGAAGUUGUGCUUCAAGCCUCAAGGACGUGACCCGGAGAGAGCUAAGGAGGAGAGCGGGGCGCAGAACGACCCUCAGGUUCUCAGCAAUCUUCUCAACUCAUCAUAAUCCUCAACACACUGAAGAACCCAAGACGAAGGCCUUCAAGCGACGGAUACCAAUAAAGCUACUGUGAAGGGAUUUACAGAAAAGUUCAGAACAGUCGUGUAGCUUAGAACCGAUGAGAUCUAACAGCCCCCUUUUAGCAUUCUGAGAAUUAGCGCAUGCUAACGGGUGGCUGCCAGCUUUCAUUGCUAGCCUUGAAGUUCAUGAUUGCCGAGAGAUGUUUUUGAAAAAUGGGUUUUGGUUAAAAUGUACUGACCACGUAUAAACGCAGCACUGUGCAAACGUCAGAGACCACCUUCACUCAUGUAAUAUCCAGUCAAACGGCCGUUAAGUGCGAGUUAUAAUAUGAGAGAACCCGCUUGUGUAAUGAACACACUUAAAAAUAUGGUUCUUCAAGGGUUCUUUAGUAAAGAAAACCAUUCUGUAUAGAACCCUGAACACUGAAAGAACACUUCGCAUGAUUAAAC